AAUUCAAUGUGUUUUGGUGUGUGACAGUAUACCAUAGGGAAAAGGGUUAAAAAGCGUAAAAACACAUCUGAAAAAAAUGGAUACUGGAAUUUACCGAGUCUCAUAAAAGCACCAUUUCCACAUACGCUUCAUCAUUUUCCGGGUAAUAGCUCCCCCUAGCGGUUAAACGCUAAAUAUUUAUUUUCACAACAUAAUAUGAAAUACAACACGUAGGAGAGUCUGUGUUGUCUGUUUGAGCAAAUAAACCUGCAUUAUUUAUGGAUAGAAGCGAAAUUUUAGUCGUUACAGGAUUUGGACCUUUUAAGGAGUUCUUGGUGAAUCCGAGCUGGAAAGCAGCACAGGGGUUGCAGUCAUUGGGAUUCGGGGAGAGGAUUCAUGUUUACAUUAAGGAGAUCCCAGUAAAUUACAUGAAGACCCAGAAGAUUAUAGAGGAACUGUGGCAAACCCUUAACCCAAAGUUUUCAGUCCAUCUGGGCAUUGCCAGAGGUUCCAGAGGCAUCACUUUGGAGCAAACGGCGAAAAACAGUGGCUACAAAGACAAAGAUGUGUGCAGCUUCUGCCCUGAAAGUCAGUGUUGUAUGGAAGGAGGACCGGAGAAACUGGACUCGGUCAUCAACAUGAAAGCUGUGUCCAAAUGUUUCAGACAAGCAGGGAUGGAUGUCAUUUAUUCAAGAGACGCAGGAAGGUACCUGUGUGAUUUUGCGUAUUACUGCUCGCUGUAUCACGGUCAGGGGAAAGCAGCCCUCAUCCAUGUGCCCUCCUCUGAUAAACUGGUUCCUCUGCUGCAGAUGAUCAUCCAAACCAUGCUCGACCAAUUAGAGGAUCAUUCAGACUGAGCAUGGUGAGUUGAUGAUGGCAGAUCUUCUCACUCAGAAGCCCUUACACUGACAUAGUGUUCACCAUGUUGCCACCGCCAGUAAAAAGCAGAAAAGAGAUUUUAUGGGAAGCUUUGAAAUCAACAUUGUUGCUGAUAAUAUUCAAGAUCCACUGAGAUGACUUUUUUUUUUUUCCAAACCAGCAGCAAUAUUGUUAAUAGCAGUACAAUAGGCUGGAAAAGGUGUGUAACGUUUACUUUCAGUUGAUCAAAAUACCAGAGAAUGGUCACAGAUUUACCCUGAUGGUAGUGAAAUGAGCUAAAAUGUCAUAGCAUUCAGUCAGUGGAGGCAGAUGGGAGAAAUGAUUGUGUUCACUCAACAACAACCAUUUUUAGGGGGUAAAACAGAUGAAUUUAAGUCAUUUUGGUAACUGGAAAGGAAAGUUUUUUUGGCUGCUUUGAGUCCAACAUAAGCUAAACAAAUACAUGAAGAAACAUAUAGGAGGUGGAUUUGUCAUCACUUUGAUAUUUAGUUUAGAACAUACAAAAAUCACAUUCACAGAACUGAUCCAUACAUAACCAAAUUCUGUUUGGAAUAAAUAACGUUGCUGAAAUAUGUACCUUGCUGUAUUAUACCUGGCAGGUAAACAGCAAGUGAUUUGUGUGAGUUGCAACAAACAAACCUAAAGUAGUUAUUGGAGGUCAAUAAAUUCAUUUUUCCCUUUUUAUAUUUCCCAUGAUAAGUGUUUAGUUUCUAUAUAAAUGUGUUUUAAGAUUAGAAAAUGAAUGUCUGUGUCUGAGGAGUUGAGUUGUGACAAUAUAUUUGGAGUCAGUGGAGAUGGAAUGUCUGUCGAUGUUGUGCCCAAAGUUUUUGGGUUUUUUUUUUUUUUUUCAGAUAUUUUUCUAUACUGUACCUGCAAAAAAACAUUGCAACUAGUGAAAAUAAAUGCAUGAUGAUAAAAUUAUCUUCAUGUUUUCCCGUAUAAUCAACCAACGAAGAUUGCAACUAAUUCUGCAGAACAAAAGCACACAGUACUGAAUGCCGCUAUUAUCAUUUCACAGCAUACCCAUGCGCUCUAUACACGUUCUCCUUUGUAUUCAGAGGCUUAUAAAUGUACUUUUUUUUUUUUGCCAGGAAUUGGUGGGCUGAACUUACACGUAAACCUCCACACAGAGAUUCCAUCUCCGGCCCUAGUCCACUUUGUGAGGUUUAUCUACAUCCCUGUGGUUUUAUCCAGAUGAGGUUUCGGUAAAAACUGAUGAGAAGGAGUGAGAUGUAUUUGUUUUCCAUACGCAUACAUAAACUUUAAAAAGAGUGAGGUAGAUAUAUAUGUGAAAGAAG